AUGCCUCAAGACCGCAGGGCAGACGCGGCGAGAUUUGAUUAUCUCAGGAACCAAUAUGCUUCUUCCAGGGAAUACCCAACUCAUCUGCCGCCAGACUUUGCGGACGACUUUCAGUGCACGUUCCCGCCUCUGCCCAUAUUAGAUAGACACGGCCGAGUCCACACGCUGCCUAAACGAGGGGAAGAUGGCGUCCACGGAAUCCCUGUCACUAUCAUUGGCUCGAAUGAUGACGGCCCCCUUCCCGAACAUCUCGAGCGGUUGUCAGAUGAGAGAGGAGGUAGAAUCUGGUUCUUUUCAAAGAUCGGAUUAGGCAUUGUCGUGGCACUAUUGAUUCUUCCGCUUGCGGUAAGGUCCUGGAGAUCUUACUUCUCUCCAGAAACUACCUCAGUUUCCAAGACCUUCCUUCCAGAUCUUGGCCCCAUCGACAGGCUCGGGACUGUCGAAUAUUCCUGCGGCCAGACAGCGAAACAGGCGCAAGCAUUAGGAUGCGUUUACGAUCACCUUACCGGGUGUUGGCUUAAUCGGUUCUGCUCGAGUCGGAUGAAUGACGAAUACAUGAGGUACUAUGCGGGGAAACCGCCUGAUAUGUACUGGGAUGCAGCGCUGCAGAAGAAAGUGCAACGAUGGGAAGAGAUCGAAGAGAGCCAACAGUCGUAUUACUGGACUACGAAGCGCGACCAGGCGAUCCGCUGCUUGUUUUUGUUGCGGCGGGCUCAUGAUUCGUUCCAGCAUAACCGUCUCCUUGAUAACGUUACAGCAAGCGACGCAAUCGUAAAUCAUUGCGUUGGAUACAUUGCGGAGUGGGUUAGGCCGCCUAGUAUCUUACCGGACGAAAGAGUCAAAGAAAGGAGGGGAAAGUGCUUUCUGUCUUGUGUUAGAGUCAAAGGGUGGGAGGGAAGGGUCCAAGCGUGGAACUGA